GUAACAAGUUGGAGUUGAGAUGAUAAUGGAUAGUACUACUCUCUUCUCCCUCUCCCCCACCGCACACUACUCUCCAACUCCACCACCCUUCACCACCUCCAUUCUCACCGGAAAACACCACCCCUCCGCCACUUCCACUUCCAUUCUCUCCCUCAAGUCAUCCUCUAACGACUCCUCAGAUAAACCCACCACCUCCUACUCCUCCACCAGCCUCCGCCGUCCCACAACCAACAACAACAAAUCCCUUAACACCCCUCUUUCUCAGAAGCUUGAAUUUACUAAAAACCCCUUAAAACUUCUACUUAAUUCUCCCCCUGCCACUUCACCGCCCCCACCGUCCCUCUCUAACAAACUUUGGUUAUCCAAUAAACUCUCACCACCCCCACCCCCACUCCCACCUCCACCCCCACCACCUCCGCCGCCGUUAGCACCUAAUGAGAGUGAUUUGGACUAUUCAGAUGAUGAGGAAAUGCAAAAAAGUAGUGAAUUUAGAGAAAAAGGUAAAAUCUUUAUAGGGAAUUUACCAUUAUGGGUUAAAAAAAAGGAGCUUGAAGAGUUCUUUAGGCAAUUUGGGCCAAUAAAGAGUGUGAUUUUAAUAAAGGGUCAUCAUGAAACAGAAAUGAAUAAGGGAUUUGGGUUUGUGAUAUAUGGGGGCUCAAGCUCAACUGCUGAAAAGGCGGCAAUGAAGGCUGUGGAGUUUGAUGGGGUUGAAUUUCAUGGAAGAGUGUUGACUGUUAAAUUGGAUGAUGGGAGGAGAAUGAAGGCGAAAACCGAGGAAAGGAAGAGGUGGGUGGAAGGGGAAGAUGAUGUGGAGUAUAGGUCCAAGUGGCAUGAGGAGAGGGAAGGGUCAAGGAGGGAUUUGAGGAAGGUUCUAGAUACAGAGCCAGAGAAUUGGCAGGCCGUGGUGCGUGCUUUCGAGAGAAUCAAGAAGCCAUCCAGGAAAGAGUUUGGUUUAAUGGUGAACUAUUAUGGAAGGCGUGGUGACAUGCAUCGUGCACGUGAAACCUUUGAAAAGAUGCGUGCUCGAGGUAUAGAGCCAACGGUUCAUGUAUAUACCAACCUCAUCCAUGCUUAUGCGGUAGCUAGAGACAUGGAAGAAGCACUAUCUUGUGUAAGGAGAAUGAAAGAUGAAGGAAUUGAAAUGAGUUUGGUGACUUACAGCAUCCUUGUUGAUGGAUUCGCGAAACUGGGCAACAUAGAAGCUGCAGAGCGAUGGUUUAAGGAGGCUAAAGAGAGGCAUCCAACUUUAAAUGCCAUUAUAUAUGGAAGCAUCAUCUAUGCUAAUUGCCAAACAAGCAAUAUGGACCGAGCUGAAGAGCUGGUUAGGGAGAUGGAAGAAGAGGGUAUUGAUGCUCCAAUUGAUAUAUAUCAUAUCAUGAUGGAUGGUUAUACUUCGGCAGGAAAUGAGGAUAAAUGUCUCGUUGUAUUUGAUAGACUUAAAGAGUGCGGAUUUGCUCCUUCAGUUGUCAGUUACGGAUGUUUAAUGAAUCUCUAUAUCAAGAUGGGUAAAGUCUCCAAAGCUUUUGAGGUCAGUGAAAUGAUGAAGCUGGCUGGCAUAAAGCAUAACAUGAAGACAUAUUCCAUGUUGAUCAACGGCUUCAUUUAUUUGAAAGAUUGGGCAAAUGCUUUUGCAAUUUUUGAGGAUGUAAUAAGAGAUGGUUUGAAGCCAGAUGUGGUGCUUUAUAAUAACAUUAUCAGAGCAUUUUGUGGCAUGGGUAACAUGGACCGUGCUUUACGUAUUGUUGAGCAAAUGAAAAAGGAGAGGCAUAGACCUACCUCGCGGACUUUUAUGCCGAUUAUACAUGCCUUUGCUAAAGCUGGAGCAAUAAGAAAGGCACUUGACAUUUUUGAUAUGAUGAGAAGGAGUGGAUGCAUCCCAACUGUUCAGACUUAUAAUGCAUUAAUUCUUGGCCUUGUUGAGAAGCGUCAGAUGGACAAAGCUGUGGAAGUUGUAGAUGAGAUGUUGCUUGCAGGAAUUAGGCCAAAUGAGCGUACAUAUACAACCAUUAUGGAUGGUUAUGCAUCUCUUGGUGAUACAGGAAAAGCUUUUGAAUAUUUUUCAAGAAUUAAAGAUGAGGGUCUGGAGCUUGACGUAUAUACAUAUGAGGCAUUGCUCAAGGCAUGUUGUAAAUCAGGCAGGAUGCAAAGUGCUUUGGCAGUGACAAAAGAAAUGAAUGCCAAAAACAUUCCCAGGAAUACCUUUGUGUACAACAUAUUAAUUGACGGAUGGGCUCGAAGAGGUGAUGUUUGGGAGGCUGCUGAUUUGAUGCAACAAAUGAGGCAAGAGGGGGUUCAACCUGACAUCCAUACCUAUACUUCUUUCGUAAAUGCUUGUUGUAAAGCUGGAGACAUGCAGAAAGCAACGAACACAAUUCAAGAGAUGAAAAGGGUUGGGGUUAAACCCAAUGUUAAAACCUAUACCACUCUCAUACACGGUUGGGCACGGGCUUCGCUUCCAGAAAAGGCUUUAAAAUGCUUUGAAGAGAUGAAGAAAUCUGGUUUGAAGCCAGACAAAGCUGUAUAUCAUUGUUUAAUGACAUCACUGUUGUCAAGAGCCACAGUUGCUGAAGAUUACAUAAUAAUGGGGAUCCACCGUGUAUGUGAAGAGAUGGUGGAAUCUGGUUUGACUGUUGAUAUGGGAACUGCAGUUCAUUGGUCCAGAUGCUUGCGGAAGAUUGAGAGAACCGGAGGUGAUAUAACAGAAGCCCUUCAGAAGACCUUCCCUCCUGAUUGGAAUUCCCACAGAAAUCUUAAUGCAGUGUCAUAUGGUACCAGGAAUAACGAAGGGUUAAACGAUAGUGAUCAUGACGAUGGUCCUUUGUAUGAGGUUGACAGUGACAGUGACAGUGACGAUGAUACAAAUGCCCCUGCAAUGUAAUUAGAAGGUAACUUGGUGAAAUUCAAUCCGUUUAUAUGUAUUGGGUUGAGCUAUUUGUUGUAGAAAAUACAGAAAAGAGGUCUUAGAUGUAAAUGGAAUUUUUGACACUAGUUGGGCCCAGUGUCGUCGUUUAAGUUGACGAAUGCAUGUGAAGCAGAGGGGGGUUAUUGCUUCAUAGGUGAAGCCGCGCACUUCAGAAAAGUGUGUGCCAAAUGAAAAACUGUCUUCUUUGAAUCUCAACUUAGAGUUGGAUUAAUAUCGGCAUUGUUGUGUAUUAGAUGAUGAAAUUAGUUAUUUUAGUUGCAAUUUGAUCAUCACAAUACUAAAUUCAUAUAUGUAUGAUUUUGUUUAACUUUUUAUUUUUUGAAAGCAUUCUUGGGUCUUAAUGAUGCCUUGAUCAAGAUCGAAAAAUUUGUUCAA